AUGCGCUCGACCUUCAAGGCCGCGAUCGAGAGCGCGAUCGCGCAGCAGAAUCUGCCGCUCACUCUGGAUCUGGCGCGGGCCCGCGCGAGCGAGGCGCACGGCGCCGGGACCUCGGGGCCUGUCGACGGCGUAGAGCAGCCCGAGUGGACGCUCUCCGACGACGACGAGGAGGAGGAGGAGAGGCUGCUCCGCGUCAACACAAAGUUUCUCGCGCGGAUGCUCAACUCGCUCGCGCGGACAAACACGCGGAUCGAGGCGAGCGGCGCGGCGCCGGCGCGGCCAACGCAGAGCUUGGCGGAGCGGCGGGCGGCAGCCAGGGCGGAGAUCCUGCGGCUCGCCUCGGAGUGCGGGCUGCGCGUUGAGAUCUCUGUCGACGAGGCCUUUGCCGACGGCGAGGACGACUCGCGGCCGGGCAAAUUCUCUGCCAGCAGCAGCAGCUCAAGAGGCCGCGGCGGGGUUGGCAGGGGUGGCAGGGGCGACGGAACUGGCGGCGAUGGAGCCGCGAGCAGCGGCGGCGCGUCGACGAGCGGCGCCCCGCUGUCUCAACGACUGUUCGGCGCCGCGCUGCUGGGCGCCGUCCGUGGCAGGCAGACGGGAAACGCCUCGGAGGUGUCCGGCAAACGGCCGCCGCCGCCGCGCGAUGAGCAGUGCGCCGAGGCCACCGCGCCUGCAGCUUCCGGGGAGCACGCAGAGGCUGCGGCUCCCCCGAAGCGGCAACGGGCCACGGCGGAGGCGGCGGCGCUGUACGUGCCACCGUCAAGACGAUGA